AUGGCCGUGCCGGCGCCGGCGAAGGUGGCGCGCUUGCUCGCGGCCUCCGCGGCGGUGCUCGUGCUGCUGUGGUGUGUCCAUUUCCGCGGUGGGCUCUCCCUCGGCUCCCCCACCAACAAGGGCCUCAUCUUCAACGUAAGACUCUUUUCUCAGACAUUUCUUCCCGUGGAGAUAGGCAGUCACUGCUUGCUUGGUUCUAGUGGCCCUGGCCUAUGGCAAUCUAGCAUUGUAGUGUGCUCAAGUAGGUUUCAGCCAUAA